ACUAGUGAUCAUUGUCAUGUGUCAAUCUUGCAUGUAACGGUACCGACCACAUUUCUAAACCAAAUUCCAGCAUCUCUCAGAGCCUGAAGAAAAUUAAGGAUCUUGAUGAUUAGGCUAACAUGCGAAGAAAACAAGAUAUUACAUUGAGUUAAUUAAGUUAUUGUGUUUUAUUUUUCACUUUUAAUUUUUGUGAAUAAUACUGCCCUCUAAACACGGAAUUGGAAUGUAGGUGAUAAUAAGACAAUUGUAAUUGUAAUAUUUCCCCUUCAAGUGGAGGGCUGAACAUUCAGACUUUGCCAGCAAACACCGGAGAAAACGGAGCAAGCCUACUCAGAGACGGACGGAGAGGGUGCAACGAUGAGGCAGAGCGGACCCACAGCUCUACUUUCUUUAUUCUACCUUAAGCGCAGGAUGGCGAAAGUCUACAUUCGCUGAGGAAGUGGCGUAAAUUGAAAGGUCUUCACAGAUAAGACCGGAGAAAGGCAGGAAUUGUGCUGCAGCUCCCAAACACUACGGGAAAGCGCGGGAAUAUAUUAUUGGAGGGAUUUAUACGGAUCGAAACGCAUCAAAAUCCACGUUUUUAAUGAAGAUUUGAGGACCCAGCCCGUAAUCCGACUUCAGAGACGAAAUGUGAAUCUAAAUAAUUUAUUGUGAUAAGGAAAGAGUUGAACGAAUAUGAUAUGAUCCACCCGACUUCGUCCGAGAAGGAAUUUAGAUUGCCCUUUUAAAAUUAUUAACUCUCUAUUUGGAGGCUGUGAGCAAAGUCGUUUUGCCCCAAAAAUUGUAAUAGCUGUUUUGCAUUCAUUUGAAGUGAGUGUAAAAAUGAUGGUUAUCAACGGUACCAGCUCUCAGCUCUACGGUACCUCUCACAAGCCGAACAGUAGGGUAUUUUGCUUUUGAAAUGAUAUUUUCAAUGCAUUUGUUCGCAAUGCGUAACGUUACCCUUGCGUGUUUUCCAAAUCCUGCUUGAAAAGGUCUGUCCCAUAGACUAACCUACUCAACGGGAUGAGAGGAGACUAACGUUCGUGGACUAUUUUAUACAUCACAACUGAAUGUGUUGGCUGGACGGCAACCGGGACAAGAGGAGCUACAUUAGACGCAUCAUAAAACAAAGAAACAUUUAAAACUUUUAUUUUGAUAACUUCGAAAAUAGAGAGCACACGUUUAGUUUGGAAUACAAGAAUAGAUGAUUCUCAUAAGACAGAGGACGACAUAAAUCUUCCACCAUGUUCAAAGGCGGCUGCGGGCUAGAGUUCCUGCUGGUUCUCUGUGGUCUGGAGCUUUCCUGGUCCUGCCCACACCACUGUAUCUGCUACACCGCGCCCAGUACCGUCAGCUGCCAGGCACACAACUUCCUGUCCGUCCCCGAAGGCAUUCCCCCACACAGCGAGCGUAUCUUCCUACAGAACAACAAGAUCCACCGGCUGCUGCAGGGCCACUUCAGCCCCACCACGGUCACACUGUGGAUCUACUCCAACAACAUCACCUACAUCGAGCCCUCUACCUUCCACGGCUUCGCCCAGCUGGAGGAGCUGGACCUGGGGGACAACCGUCACCUGCGUUCCCUGGCUGCAGACACCUUCCAUGGGCUGGGCCGGCUCCAUGCUCUGCACCUGUACCGCUGUGGGCUCAGUGCGCUGCCCACUAACAUCUUCCAGGGGCUACGCAACCUGCAGUAUCUGUACCUACAGGAUAAUCACCUGGAGUUCCUGCAGGAUGACAUAUUUGUGGACCUCCACAACCUGAGCCACCUGUUCCUGCAUGGGAACCGUCUGUGGUCGCUGCACCAGAACACCUUCCGGGGGCUGGGGGCCCUGGACCGCCUGCUGCUGCACCACAACCAGCUGCAGUGGGUGGACCGCCUGGCCUUCCACGACCUGCGUCGCCUCACCACCCUCUACCUGUUUAACAACUCACUGACCGAGCUGUCUGGAGACUGCCUGGCACUACUGCCUGCCCUGGAGUACCUGCGCCUCAACGACAACCCCUGGGAGUGUGACUGCAAGGCCCUGUCGCUGUGGGACUGGCUCAAACGCUUCAGAGGUUCUACUUCGUCUGUAGGCUGUCAGGCCCCGGCCGAGCUGGCUGGGAAAGACCUCAAGCAGCUCCGCAAGGAGGACUUCCCCAACUGCUCUGGCUCCGAGUCCCUGCACCAGAGCAAGACCUGGGCCGGGACUGAUAAGGUGUCUCUGAAGAAGGAGCCGGACCCGGUGCCACCGCCUCACUCCCACCCCCACCGUCCUCACCACAAUGAGGCGCCACACAACCCCUCGCCGCCUUCGCCUCUGCCCCAUCCGCCCCCAUCCAUAAGCGGGGAGUCCCCGGGAUCAGAGGGACAGCCUGGGGUUGCGCCCCCUCAGAAGCCAGGCCGUGCUCGGAACUGCACCCGCCAGCGUGUCAGGGGAGGCAAGGGGAAGGGGCAGAACGAGGUGCAUACCUUAAAGGAGAUGGCCGAUAAAGAAUAUUCCUUGCCUGAUUUUGAAGGGGGAAAAUAUGACCACACGUCCCUGGAUGGCACCAUCACGCGGAGGAAGCAUAAGUGCCCUCCCCGGACCACUGUUCGCCCCCCUAGUGGGGUGCAACAAGCCACCAAUAGGGCCAUGUUCUCCCAGCCCUUAGUGCAUCUCAGUACCAUACUGGGAGCUUUGUUGCCCGUGACCAUUGUCCAUAUUCUCCGCUGACCUAGAGGGGGAAUAGAUACUGGCUAAACAACAGCAGUCCUCAGACCUGCUCUAGCUCCUGCACAACAAGGCCUGUGUGUGUGUGUAUACUUUGUGUGUGUGUGUGUGUGUGUGUGUGUGUGUGUGUGUGUGUGUGUGUGUGUGUGUGUGUGUGUGUGUGUGUGUGUGUGUGUGUGUGUGUGUGUGUGUGUGUGUGUGUGUGUGUGUGUGUGUGUGUGUGUGUGUGUGUGUGUGUGUGUGUGUGUGUGUGUGUGUGUAAAACAUUGUGUAGGGAGCUUCGCUGUUUAGACUCUGAAAUAGACUUUCAAUCAUCAACAUAAAAUGUGAAAAGACUCACGAUGCUGUGUGAGGGACAGGGAUGUGUGAGGGACGGGGAUGUGUGAGGGACAGGGAUGUGAGGGACAGGGGAGUGAGGAAAGACAAAAGGAAAACACAGAACACGCUUGCACUGCCACUGUUGCCAUUAUGUUGUCAUUUCCUGUUGUCUUGGUCUCUUUCUGUGUGAGUUCUGUCUUGGACUACUGGAGCAGAAAACCAAACUUUUCUGGAAAAGAAAGAGACGUUGCAAAUGCAGCAAUUUAGCUAUGAGACAGAUAGACUCUAAGGAAAAGGUGUUGGAGCCAGCUUUAAUUAUCAGUUCACAGUUUAUAAAUCCUUAUUGAGGGGCGAAAUAGAAAACAGAUGACAUGGUGAAAGAAGCCAUCACACAGAGAAGUCUAGCCCAAUCUUGUGUUUCAUAUUAUUUGCCAAAUGUUCUUUUAUUACAUUCAUUGCCAAUAGCUGCUCCAUAGAAUUGGGCCGCCGAGGUAUUCGAGGGUAUUGCUCAUCAACAGGGAGAUAAGCAGGAAGCUGCUCGGUCAUAAAUCAUAAUUCCAUCUCAGAACAGGAAUGUGCAACGCUCUCUUCUUAGCAGAAGUCAUGGAAAACUAUAGAAACAGCACUGCAAAGAGCAGCACACAAAUAGACCAGUCAGCUCCAGGUACAGUAUGAUAACUAGGUAACUUCUGCUCCAUGUCCAGGUAACAUUGACCCCGAGCUAGGUAUACAUCUUCUACCUACUUUACAGUAGUUCUACAAUAUUUACAUCCUGCUUUAUUAAUUCUGAAUGUCCUGUCUUUCUACCUGCUCCAUUUCAUUUUCUACAUGUGCUACUACAUAUUAAGCUAAUGUACCCAAGCUGCUAAUGAUCUGUAUGGAGGUGAGUGGGACUGUGGAACACUCCCAUCUCCUUCAAAAACCAGUGUGUCCCCCCAGGAGAAGGAAGCUGUGAAUAUUGAUGGAUCUGUCUAUUUCUUGUCUCAAAUGUUGUUUGUUUGAUUUUGCCAAGACGUAAAGAGGACCUAGAGGUGGAGCCCUAUACAGGGUACACAGCCUUAGGGGUUAAGGGUCAGAUUGGCUAUUCUCAGUUUCCCAGUGAGGCUUUGGGCUUUGCUGAACAGAAUGCUCUUUAGUGUGGGCAUCCCCUCCUCAUUGGAAUGUGAGGAACAUUUAUAUUGUCCUAAUCAAUGGACAUCAAAGGAAAACAACUGCCCAACAAGACUAGAGAAGAAAACAAUAUGUGUACCUUAAAUGACUUCUGUAACGAAUAAGAGAUUAUAAGAAUAAAAACAUUUUGAAUCGAGCAUGGCAAAACUUGGACCUCUCUUGGAAAUAAUAGAACUGCUAAAAUGUCUCUCUUUACAUUGACUGCUGUUCUUGUCAAUGGAUGUGGGGAACCAAGAGAAAGACAAUCACUUCUAAAGUAGCAGGGGAUUAACAGGACCAUGGACAGACAGCCAGACUACUGCUGGACUACUAUCCCUCUGGACUACUGGAGCUUCUGUGCCUCGGGAAAAUACAACGCUAAGUUGACGAUGUUUGUAAUAACAAUGAUGUGAACUGUACCAAUAACAAUGACAACAAGAGGACUAACUAACUGCAGUUCUAAUAUUAAUCAUUUAUUAUGAGAAUAACAAUAUUAAUGACAUCAUCAAAAAUGAAAACAGGGUUUCUGCUCCCCUGAUGAGGGGACAAUCUUUCUUUAAAUUCAUUUACCAUUACAUUUUUUGGUUUGUUUACUAAAAAGAAAACAUUUUAUUUCCUUUUUUUGUUACAUCCUUUCAUCUUUAUCUGAUAAAACAAUGCACAAUUCAGUCCCCCCUCCUACUGUUCCCCAUCUAUCUCCUGUCUCCUACUGUUCCCCAUCUGUCUCCUGUCUCCUACUGUUCCCCAUCUAUCUCCUGUCUCCUACUGUUCCCCGUCUAUCUCGUGUCUCCUACUGUUCCCCAUCUAUCUCCUGUCUCCUACUGUUCCCCAUCUAUCUCCUGUCUCCUACUGUUCCCCAUCUAUCUCCUGUCUCCUACUGUUCCCCAUCUAUCUCCUGUCUCCUACUGUUCCCCAUCUAUCUCCUGUCUCCUACUGUUCCCCGUCUAUCUCCUGUCUCCUACUGUUCCCCGUCUAUCUCCUGUCUCCUACUGUUCCCCGUCUAUCUCCUGUCUCCUACUGUUCCCCGUCUAUCUCCUGUCUCCUACUGUUCCCCGUCUAUCUCCUGUCUCCUACUGUUCCCCGUCUAUCUCCUGUCUCCUACUGUUCCCCGUCUAUCUCCUGUCUCCUACUGUUCCCCGUCUAUCUCCUGUCUCCUACUGUUCCCCGUCUAUCUCCUGUCUCCUACUGUUCCCCGUCUAUCUCCUGUCUCCUACUGUUCCCCGUCUAUCUCCUGUCUCCUACUGUUCCCCGUCUAUCUCCUGUCUCCUACUGUUCCCCGUCUAUCUCCUGUCUCCUACUGUUCCCCGUCUAUCUCCUGUCUCCUACUGUUCCCCAUCUAUCUCCUGUCUCCUACUGUUCCCCGUCUAUCUCCUGUCUCCUACUGUUCCCCAUCUAUCUCCUGUCUCCUACUGUUCCCCAUCUAUCUCCUGUCUCCUACUGUUCCCCAUCUAUCUCCUGUCUCCUACUGUUCCCCAUCUAUCUCCUGUCUCCUACUGUUCCCCAUCUAUCUCCUGUCUCCUACUGUUCCCCAUCUAUCUCCUGUCUCGUAUUCUGCCCCAUUAAUCUCCUGUCUUUGCCAUGACUGAAUGGUUCAAUAAGUCGUUAUCAAAGAACAACAGUAUAAAAUGUUUAUAAAGAUAUUAAAGUCUAUAUCUUCUUAUGUUAAA